AUGAGGCGGCAAAGGUGCUUUGAUGUGGUCUCUGGAAAUGGGGAGGGGCGACUGGUGGCCACUGUGGCGGCGCUUGGAAAUCCGUGGAGUAUCAUUUUUCCUGUUGCCUUUGUCGUUUGCAGGUCACUAGAAGGACUGAAAACAUUCAGUUACUUGGAAGAGCUGAUCUUGGACAACAAUCUACUCGGAAAUGACCUUCUGUUACCCAGGUUACCCCACCUCCAUACCUUAAUGCUCAACAAGAACCAAAUAACAGAAUUAGAAAGCCUUUUGGACCAUUUGGCUGAAGUUGUGCCCUCACUACAGUAUCUCAGUUUGCUUGGAAACAUGGCCUGCCCAAAUGAACUAGUCUGCAAAGAAAAGGAUGAAGAUGACUACCAGAGGUACAGAUAUUUUGUCCUGCACAAAUUGACAAACCUGAAAUUUCUCGAUACUCGGAAAGUAACCAGGAGGGAGAGAGAGGAAGCCUUGGUAAGAGGUGCAUUCAUGAAAGUGGUUAAGCCCAAGGACGCUAAGAACACUGCACUUUCUUGUGCUUUGCUUCAUUUCAUCCUUUGUUUAAAAUGCAUCUGUUUGUGA